CAGCUUGCAGCUAGCUAGCUACACGGAUUCUGUGUUCGAAAUGAGCGGUGAUGUAGCGGCGUCGCCAGCAGAAGAUCAGGAGCCGUUCCCUAAAAGGCAGAAGCUGUGCAGCGGCGGGAAAGAAGAGGCGGCCACCAGCGGCGCGCGCACGGAGGAAAAGGGGGACACACCUUCAACUAUGCUUGGUGGCCUCGUCUGUAAAUUUUUGAAGGAAGCAGACGUUGGAAUCACUGAAUAUGUCAGCCCACAGCCUGGUUUCUUCGCCAUCCUCAAACAAAGGUAUUCCGAUUUUCUUGUGCGAGAGAUUUCGGCCAGUGGGAAAGUGGUUAAACUUACCUCCCUGUCCCCUCCUCUACCUCCCGUUGCUACGGGUGAUGGAGAGGGGGUGGAGCUAGCUGACGUGUUCUCAUCGGCCGACAUUGACAGGCUGAGGGAGUUAUCCACUGCAAGUGACAACAGUGAAUGUAUUGAGAUCAAGGCAGCUAGAGAGAAGGAGAAGAGGACGGCCAUGCACAGACUUCUGAAGACACAUUUCCCGUCGCUGACCAGCCAGACUGUGGAGGAGGUGGGAGCUGGUGCCUCUGGGGAGGUGGGGGAGGAGGGAGGAGGGGAGAGGGCAAUUCGCGUCUGGCACCGUCGAGGUGAGCUCUGA